AUGGAGGUAUCAUGGAUGUGCGACAUGAUGUGUGGAAACCCCGCAAUUCUGAUUUGUCAUUGUGACUCGAAGUCAACUUCUCUUUGCAUGAUUUGCCUCUCAAUUCAUUAUUCAAAUAACCCCAAAGCAAUUCAUGUCCAAACUCCAAUUUCUUCAGCAACCUUGCAAGGAAACUCGCUAUGCGAAAUCUGCAAUGGAGAGCCCGAAUUUGUUUGUCUCUGUAAAGGCAACUCAAAAUAUCUCUGCCGAGCGUGCAGGAUUGUCCACAUAGAUAAUGAGCCUACAGCAUCCCACUAUUUUGAAAAAAUUGACAGUCAAGAGUUCAUUCAUUGCCGAGAUGAUAUCGAUCAAUAUUUGAAAAAGAAAAAAGUGCUUGAGAAUAUCCAACUUAAAUUGAACAAAAAUAUCAAAAAAGUCUCUAAUUAUAAAGAAGAGCUAGAAACGGAGAAAAUAAAAACCUUGAAGCUGAUUGAGAAUAUUUUCAGCAGAAAAUUUAUGGAGGCCGAUUCAAUAGAAAAUGAAUUAACUGAAAUGAGAAAAAAUAUUUUUGCAGGGCAAGUAAAAACCAAGGAGAGUGGAAAUUGGACAUAUCAGCCAGCUUAUGAGAUUAGCCUUGAAACAUUAGAAGCAGCAUAUGAGAAUAUAAGAGAUAUAUAUUAUAAAAUUGAUGCUGAAAAUUUAACUAAGCACAUAGGAUAUACAUCGCAAAUCUUCUAUGAAAGGUAUGAAGAAAUCCAGACGGAGCCAGUUUUUUUGCAAGGAGCCUCACACAAUUUGGCGAAAUAUGAUAUAGCAAGAAAUGAAAUGAAUAUUUCAGAAAUUGAAGGAGAGCCUUUUAAUUAUAGAAGUGCCUGAUGCGUUUUGCCUAAUGGUUCAAUUUUUCUUUGUGGUGGCCAAAGUAGUGAAGGUGAAUUAUCAUCUACUUAUAUUUUAGAUCAGAAAUUAAAAACUUCAACUCCGGUUGAAAGCAUGAUAUCACCACGAAAAUAUCACGGAGUUUGCUAUCACAAUGACUAUAUUUAUGUGUUUGGAGGGAAAUUUGGGGGGAAAUUAAAAUCAUCAGAGCGAUUUUCUCCUACUUCUUACUCCUCCCUCUGUGAUGAACAAAACCGUUGGAAAAAAAAUCCUAUUUUUUACUCAUAACUCACCCUCCGAAAAAGCAAAUUUUAAUAUAAAAAUGCUUUAUGAAAAUAUUUUGAUAUAGUUGAUAAUUAUUAUAACGAAAUCUUUAGUUAAUUCUGUUUAAUUUAAAAAAACUUACAUUUUAAAACAUAAAUUUUGCAAAUUAAAUUAACAGUUGCUUUAAAAUUAUUCCGAAUUGGAAUUUUUGGAAAUUCAAAAAACAAUAUUAUAUAAAAAUAAAAAUUAACGUGAUCAACAAAAUUCGAUGAUGGAGGGGGAGUUAGUAUUGGGAAAAUUAAUUCCACUUUGCCAGAGAAAACAAAAUUUCUAAUAUAAUUUUUUGGUAUAUAAUAAUGAGGUCUCCUGCAAAUUUCUUAAAAUUUACAAGAAACAUUAAUUUUUAAAAUUUUCAUCCAACCUUAAAAAUUUAAAACUUUUAUUUUUAUAUAUUAAAAUAUUUUUACAAAGGUAAACCCCUUGGCUAGUGAGACAAAAUUUUUGCACGAUAAUCAAUGGGGAAAAUUAUAAAACAAAGAUGAGAAAUGCUUCCAAAUUCGCUUUAUCCACACUGUCAUGUAUCUACUUUGGUUCUUGGUAAUAAAAUUUUAAUUGCUGGAUAUUCAAGGUUUAUUGAAAUUUUUGAUACUGAUUCAUUAUCAUAUGAAGAGACUCUUUAUCUUCCAGAAAGUACUUGCCGAAUGAGCAUGUUUUCAAUGAAAGGAGAAAUAUAUUUGAUGAUAAGGAGCUCUCUUUACAAAAUAGAUUUACUAUUGAGUGAACUUACUUUAAUCCACGUAUUUGAUAUAGAUAUCAUUUUAUGAUUUCCAUCAAAACCUAUAGAGAAUUCUACAAAGAUUUAUUUCUUUUCUGUUAGUCCAGCAGUGGUCAAAUUACUCUCUUGGGGAUAUGAAACUUUAUAUUCGCUAGACUUAGAAAAUUACAAUUUAAAUGAGUUGCAAGUUUUAGGAUAA